GUCUGAGUGGAGUACAGUGAAGGAAGCAUCUGCUGAGAUAUCUAUUGUUUGUGUUGAUGCUGUUUUUAAUGUUGGUCGUGAUCGAGAUGGGCAUCUAUGAUGGGAUUACACUGAAAUAAGGAUAACUGAACAUUGAUAUAAUCAAUAAUUACACAAGAGGAAUACUAAUAUCGGAGCACUGUGAUGAGCUGGAGAUGUAGAUGGGUCAGCUGUGUGUCUGGAUUCUGAAUGCUUCUGUUUAAACUGUCAGAACUGCUAGGCAGUGAGUUGGUGGUGUAAGUGGUGGUUGGUCUGAACAGAGAUGAGGACUGAGAGAUGGUGGGAAUUUCUGGCCACAUUCACUCUCCUCCUGCUAAUAUGGAGAGUGGAUUCUAUAAUGGAAAUCCCUCCUAAUGUGAGACAGCCACCUAUGAUAAUCAAGCAGAGUGUCCAGGAUCACAUCGUGGAGCCGACUGACCCCAUCAUAGUGGAGUGUGAGGCCACUGGAAACCCUCCUCCUGUCUUCACAUGGACACGUGAUGGAGUGUAUCUGAACGUGGCGCGGGACCCUCAGGUCUCUAUGAAGAGACGUUCUGGCACGCUGGAGAUUUUCUUUUGGGGACGACCUGAAGAUUACGAGGGCAUGUACCAGUGCACAGCUACUAAUGAGUUUGGCUCGGCUGUGUCCAGUCAUAUUCAUUUACGUGUCUCCAAGGCUCGUACGUGGCUGAAGGAGUAUUUGGAGCCUGUGUCGGUGUUUGUCGGGCUUCCUCUUAUUCUGCCGUGUAAUCCUCCAGUUGGCCCUCCCAAACCCCAGACCUACUGGAUGAACAGCUCGAUGGUACCAAUCCGGCAGGACCGUAGAGUAUCAAUGGGAGAGAACGGAGACAUGUACUUCUCCAGCAUCGUCGCUGAGGAUGCCCUCACAAACUACGUCUGCACAGCUCGCUUCCCCAACUCGAACACCAUCCAGCAGAAACCUCCUCUUAUCCUUCAGGUGCACACAGCUCGUAUGGCAGCUCAGAUUGCUCCCAAAUUCAUGAAGCCCAAAGGGACAGCCAGCUCUCAGAUCGGCAUGCUGGGGGAGGAGCUUGUCUUGGAGUGUUUUGCUUCUGGAGUUCCAGCUCCCUCCAUCAAAUGGACUAAAGACUGGGAACCGUUGUCCAUGGAUGGGAUGAAGCUGGAGAACUUCAAUAAAACUCUGCGCAUUAAGAAAAUUUCUAUGGAUGACGGAGGAGAAUAUAUCUGCACUGCCAGCAACAGAAUGGGCUACCUGGACCACAUCAUCACUGUUAGAGUUAAAUCGACUCCCUUUUGGGUCCAGAAGCCGGAAAGUCUGGUUCUUUCUCGAGAUGAUGGUGGGCAGAUAGAAUGUCAGGCUGAUGGAAUUCCCAGACCUCGGAUACAAUGGCUAGUUAAUGGAGAACCAAUUGAGGAUGCUCCUAAGCGUGCAGACAGACAGGUAUCUGGAGACACUCUCACAUUUCGCUCUGUGGUGCCAGACAGCUCAGCUGUGUUCCAGUGCAAUGCUUCCAACCCAUAUGGCUACAUACUGGCCAAUGCCUUUCUCGCAGUCAUGGACAUGAAGCCUCGACUGCUGGGCUUUAGAAAUCAGUUGGUUAAAGUGACAGAAGGUAGUCAGACUCUUCUGCACUGUCCAUAUUUUGGAUCCCCAAAACCAGACUUGCGAUGGUCUAAAGGUGGGAUGGGUUCGUUAGAGGGAGGUCGUUUUAAAGUUUUGUCCAAUGGAACACUGGAGAUCAGGCGCACCAAACUCCAGGACCAAGGGACGUAUGUCUGCAGUGCCAGCAAUGUCAUUGGGAGAGAGGAGAUGGAUGUACAGCUGGAGGUUAAAGAGCCCACCAAAAUCCUCCGUGCGCCACAUAACGUGAUCGUGAUCAAGGGGAGCUUGGCACGCUUUGAGUGUAAGUUCCAAACUGACUCAACCCUGGACGUGACUGUGACCUGGCUCAAGGACAAAAAGUUCCUGAUCUUAGGUAGAAGGAUGACAAAGGACGAGGACUCUCUGACCAUCGCUGACGUGUACAGGAGGGAUGAGGGCGUGUACACCUGCAGAGUUAAGACUGAAGUGGAGGACGUCAGUGUAUCCGCCAAACUUACUGUGAUGGAUCGCCCUGACCCUCCCACAGACCUAGAGGUGUCUGAUCCAUAUGAGAGGAGUGCCAGACUCACUUGGAUACCAGGAGACAGCCACCAUAGCCCCAUCAAAGAGUAUCUGGUGCAAUAUACUGAAGAUCUCCUCGCUGACUACUGGCUUGUACAGAGUGGAUGGAAGAACCUGACCAGUUACCCUGGACAUCUAAACUCAGUGGUGCUAAAACUCAUGCCAUUUGUGGAGUAUCGUUUUCGAGUUAUUGCGAUUAAUGGCAUCGGCCCCAGCAGACCCAGCAGACCGUCUGAAUACUAUGAAACUGGAGGAGCUGUGCCCGAUGCCAUCCCGAAAAACAUCAAAGGAGUGGGGACUGGAAUCUUCAGAAAUAACAUGGAGAUCAGCUGGGAGCCGUUGGAGUACAGAGAGUGGAACGGGCCAAAGCUGGGCUACAUGGUGUGGUGGAGGCGGAGAGACUCCAGAGAGGAGUGGAAGAAUUACACCACCUACUGGUGGUGCAGUCACAUCAUCUACGAGACAGACACCUUCACACCCUACGAGAUCAAAGUGCAGGCCGUCAAUUACUUUGGCCUCGGACCCGAGUCUCCUAUCAUCAUUGGCUUCUCUGGGGAGGAUCGUCCCACUGCUGCUCCCGAUGAUCUGCGGGUCUCAGAUGUUGAGAGUACUAAACUGACUGUUCAUUGGCAGCCUGUGCCCCAAGCCAGCAUCAACGGAGAAAUUAAGGAGUAUACGGUGUAUUACUGGCGAGAGAGCAGCCGUCUCCCUCAUCAUACCGUCAGCAUAAGAAUCAAAUCCAAAAGCUUUAAAGCCAAUGGUCCACGGCUUUCCGGCCCCCUUACUGGUCUCAUCCCCUACAGCAACUACAUGAUGUACAUUGUCGUGGCCAACAACCGAUACGAGGGUCCACCUAGCAACAGGAUUGGGUUCCAGACACUUGAAGGAGUGCCAUCUGUCCCAAGGUCAUUCAGGAUCAUGCACAGGCAUUAUGACACCCUGUAUGUGGACUGGGAGGAGCCUGCAGAACCCAAUGGCAUCCUCAUUGGAUAUACCCUCAAAUACCAGACAUUGAAUGUGUCAGGAGAGAGGAUGCAGGUGGAGAACCUUCCCCCCAACGCCACCUCCUUCUCACUGCGCCGCUUCGACCGCUACACUCGCUAUAAGUUCUCUCUGGCUGCCCAGACGCAGAUUGGAGUCGGGGAGGUGGUCACCGGGGAGUCGCCCCAUUUCACAACUGAAGAAUUUACCCGGGAGCAAGUGGAUAUAGCCACUCAGGGAUGGUUCAUCGGCUUGAUGUGCGCCAUUGCACUCUUGGUUCUCAUCAUGCUGACGGUCUUCUUCAUCAAAAGGAGUCGAGGAGGAAAGUACCCAGUACGAGCUAAGCGAGAUUUCGCGCUUGGUCCGCUGGACGAUAAGGAGGAAGGCACUUUUGACUACAGGUCUCUUGAAAGGAUAACACGAUUGUCCACCCUGCCCUACUCCAGACGGGAGGAGGAGAGCCGUCAGGGUCGUAGUCAGGGGACUAUUGAACACAUGCAGAAGAUGACCAACAGUGACGACAGCCUGAUGGAAUAUGGAGAGGGGGAUGAGAUUGAAUUUAAUGAAGAUGGCUCGUUCAUUGGCGAGUACACUGGCACCAGCAAGAGAGACAGAGACAGCAGCCAGUACCAGGAGAGCUCUGAGGCCACCUCCCCUGUCGCCAUCUACUCUUUUGCAUAAAGCGAAUCUCGUCGAACAAGUCUCAUAAACAGUGAGAACAAGAAAAGACAGACUUUCAUCUUCAAUACAGCUUUGCAUGGAUGUGAGAUGGCCAUUUUCAGCCAUUGUCAGCCAAUUCAGGAGCAGGACAGAACCGGAAUGCACUGAUUCAGCUUUUAAUAUGGCGGAGGCGCAUGGCUUAACUGGGACAUUUUGCGGUUCUGAUGAUUGAAAGAGUGUUUUAUAUAUCAAUCAGGGUUGUUUUUCAUGUUUACGGAUGGAAAGAGACGAGGCCAGAAGGAGAGAAGAAUCUAUUUAUCAUGUUGAUAAGAGAAAAGGUGUGAACAUGAAUUGAUGAUGAUUAUGAUGAUGAUGGUGAUGAUGAUUGGUAAUGAGCUGGCUGGCUGAGACAAGGCCUGACAAGGUCUAAGGCAACUUUCGUUCUCCUGGACAGUAUUUUAAAUGACAAUGCAUAUUUUUUUCUUCAAUCUAUAUUAUCUGCAUAAUAAAGCCUCAGUCCUCUAUUUAAAUGUUAACACACUCAGAGAAGAAGUGUAUGCAAGUCACUAUGAACCACUAUGACAUGCCGCUAACAGUCCUGUAGAUAUACUGUAAUUGCUACUAAUGGUUCACUACUGUUUCACUGUGAGUAUCUUGGUACAUUAUGCACACCUGCUUAGAUACAAGAAAACUCUUGUCUUGUCUUUUUAUCUCUAAAACUGUAAAUAAUGUGAUGUUUUCUGUGCAAAAAUCAUGUCAUAUUUAAGCAAACGUAUUUCAUAUUACAUUUAAAUAAAUAAAUAAUACAUUCCAACUGUAUGG